CCAGCGCAUGCGCACGCCACAGAAGGGGGCAGCAUGGAGGAGCCAUCAGUUCAAGCCGGCAAGAGGAAACGCGAGGAGGAAGAAAAGAAGGAGGAAUCCGACCGGGUUCCUGGACCAGGAGGAGAUAAAGAGGUCAUUGGGAACGGAACCACUGCCUCCGCCCGUUUUCCUUUCUCCGGCUUCCGGCUGCAGAAAGUGCUCAAAGAGUCCUCGCGGGAUAAAAUCAUUUUCCUCCAUGGGAAGGUAAAUGAGACUUCUGGGGAUGGAGAAGGGGAUGAUGCAGUUGUCAUUCUGGAGAAGACUCCCUUUCAAGUGGACCAGGUGGCUCAGCUCCUUCUGGGGAGUCCUGAACUCCAGCUGCAAUUCUCCAAUGACAUCUACAGCACCUACAAUCUGUUCCCACCAAGGCUGCUGAGCGAUAUAAAGACAACGGUGGUUUACCCUGCCACAGAGAAGCACUUGAAAAAGUACUUACGUCAGGACCUCCAUCUGGUCCGGGAAACUGGGGAUGAUUACAAGAACAUCACUCUACCCUAUCUGGACUCACAGAGCCUCAGCAUCCAGUGGGUAUAUAAUAUUCUGGAGAAGAAGGCUGAAGCUGACAGGAUUGUAUUUGAGAACCCAGAUCCUUCAGAUGGCUUUGUUCUCAUUCCUGACCUCAAGUGGAAUCAAAAGCAAUUGGAUGACCUCUACCUAAUUGCCAUCUGCCAUCGCCGGGGAAUCAGGUCCCUACGAGAGCUCACUGGGGAACAUUUACCUCUACUCAGGAAUAUCUUGCGAGAGGGGCAGGAGGCCAUCCAGCAGCAGUACCAAGUGAAGGAGGACCGUCUUCGGGUUUAUCUGCACUAUCAGCCCUCCUAUUAUCACCUGCACGUGCACUUCACUGCCUUGGGCUUCGAGGCACCUGGCUCAGGUGUGGAACGGGCACACCUGCUGGCUGAUGUGAUUGAGAAUCUAGAAUGUGACCCACACUAUUAUCAGCAGCGUGCUCUUACGUUUGCCCUGAGGGCUGAUGAUCCCCUGCUUAAGCUAUUUCAGGAGGCCAGGAAGAGCUGAGGACCCACACAGAGGGGUUCUCAUGUGGGGAGAUAAAAGGAAUUUUUAUUACUCUUGGAUUUUUAAAACAUUUUUUUGUACUGGUUUGUUGUCUGUACUAAUGAAUAAAGUAUCUGGUUCACUAGG